CCCGCCCUUUAGCAGCAGCCGCGCCGCUUUCGGUUCCCCUUAGCGCGAGCUAGGGUUUCACCCCCCCCCUCUCUCUUACCAUCUCCAUGGCCCCGAAGCGCCGCCGUGCCGCUGCCGACGGGAGCUCGGAGCUGCCGCCACCUCCUCCUCCCCUGCGGACGGCGCCGUCGCACCUGCAGCCGGUGGUUGUUUUCGCCCACGGCGCCGGCGCCCCCUCCUCCUCCGACUGGAUGGUCCAUUGGAAGGAUAUGGUGAAAGAUGCGCUCGAUGCCGUCGAAGUGGCCACCUUUGAUUACCCAUAUAUGUCAGGUGGGAAGCGCAGGGCUCCGCCCAAGGCGGAGAAGCUUGUGGACCAUCACCUUGGUGUGGUGAAGGACGUUGUAGCGGAGCAUCCGGGACACCCACUUGUUCUUAUGGGGAAGUCUAUGGGUUCAAGGGUCAGCUGUAUGGUGGCUAAUUCAGAUGAUAUCAUUGUUUCUGCCGUCAUAUGCUUGGGUUAUCCGUUAAAGGGAAUGAACGGGGCACUGAGGGAUGAGACACUACUAAAUCUGAAGAUUCCAACCAUGUUUGUGCAGGGCAGUAAAGACAGCUUGUGCCCUUUGGACAAGCUUGAGUCCACUCGCAAGAAGAUGAACUGCAAGAAUGGACUGCAUGUUAUUGAUGGCGGUGACCACUCUUUUAAAAUUGGCAAAAAGUAUCAAGAAUGUACUGGAGUAAAUCAACAAGCUGCAGAAAUGGAAGCUGUUAAAGCAAUUGCAAAAUUUGUGGAGAACUCCAUAGCGGGAACCUGAAGUUACCUGUUUAUGUACUAUUUAGGGUGUUGCAAAAAUUAGUAUGUUCAUGCCCUUUGGUAUCAGUUAGAUCUUAGAUGUAAAUAUAAGCUUAAGGUUCUAGCUGUGGAAAGAACUAAUAUGUUCAAUCACUUGGUAUCAUUUAGAUGUAAAAGGAAACUAUUUUGCCACAAUGCUUGUUUUGGUUUUUGUUUCAGCAUCCAACAUGUAUUCUUGUCAAGGUAUGCCAUGGUUGAAAUCAUUAUCCUGACUACCUUAAAUAUUUGGGCAACAUUCUUGUUCUUUGCUGCUUAUCUGUGAGUCAUAAAUAUGUCCAUGGGUAGCAUGAUCUUAUUGUAGCUAUGAACAUAA